UGGGUACAACAACCACAAGCAACCUAGCCAAUGUUACAAUAACAUAACCUAAAAAAUCAAACGUGCAAGUUUGUAUAAAUAAAAUGGGUAAAACAAAAAAGGAUAAUGAAAACGAUGACAGUAUCAUCAAUAAGGAGGAAACAGAAGAUAUUCCAUACGAACAGAAAAUACAAAACGCGUGUGUUAUUGCAAAACCGAUGGCCUCCAAAAAGCUAACAAAAAAGUGCUACAAACUUCUUAAAAAAGCGUCCAAACAUAAAACGUACGUCCGGAACGGAUUAAAAGAUGUACAGAAGCGAAUACGUAAGGGCGAGACGGGAAUACUAUUUUUUGCCGCCGAUAUAUCGCCAAUCGACAUAAUGAUUCACCUCCCUGGCGUUUGUGAAGAUAAAAACAUUCCGUAUUGCUACACACCCAGUCGUGCAGAUUUGGGCGCAGCAUUGGGACUGAAACGAGGUGCGUUGCUUGCUUUGGUUCGUGAAAAGGAGGACUACAAGGAAAUAUUUGACGAAUUAAAGCAGGAAAUAAGAACGUUAGCUGUAGAGUUAUAAUAAAAAUGAUUUAUUUCAUAAUUUGCGCAAAUACAUUGGACAAGAAUUACACAAUAAUAAAACGUUUUUUUUGAUUA